AUGUUGAUCAGUGACUGUUUGUAUGUUGCGGCAUAUGGUAUCUGUAUCAUAUUCUCCGCUUAUGAGUAUUGGAAGGUACCGGCUUUCUCUUCCCUUUCACCUUCUUUUCAUCUAUUCUGUCAUGUCUCUUACAAACAAGCUAGUGAGUGAACGCACACAAUUUGAAGGAGAACGCAGGCAGAAGUCCCUUUGCCUCAGAGGCAUAUAUUCGAAGGUUUGUCUGCAGUCCGCGGCGUUCAAGACUCCGAUGGCAGAAAAUGCCAUUGCACGCUCAGCGCCAUGGGGACCAUGUUGUUUGAAGAUAUGUGCAACCAGAAGAGCAAACAGGAUGAGGUUAUCUGGUUGUUUUUUGUUGGGUCUUCCGAUGUUGGUCUUUCCAAUGCUAUGGUUCAGACGAAGUGGUGUUGA